CAACAAGGUGCUGAUUCUGUGCCACAACCGGCAGAACGACGAUGCCACCUAGCGAUGCCAAGGCCGCGUACGAAGCCGUCGCCACCCAGCUGAAGACAUUGCGCCUGACUACGGCGGUUGAUACGUUCGAGCUCCCGUAUCGCGUGGCGCCGCGGCUUUACGUCGACACCUUGCGCAAGGCUCUGGCGUGGCCGCUUGCAGUGCACGAGGUCGACCAACUUGCAGUCGCGUACACGCUCUCGCCGGGUGUCGUGCUUUUGCCAGCGAUGAGCGUGCGCGUCGACAAUACCAAUGCGUGGCGCAAGACCUUGGCGCGUGUCGAGACGGUCGUGCGGGACGUGCUGUCGCCGACCUCGCCCUUCCGACUUGCGCUGGCCCACGUGGCGUUCGACGCGACUGGCUCGUCGGCGUGCCUAACGCCAGCCUUGCGACCGCCGCACACGAUCGGGACAGUCGUCAUCUCGCUGCCGACGUUCCAUGGCGGUGGCGACGUGAUGUUUGCCGACGGCCGCUCGUAUUGCACCCAGCACGCGACAACGACCCACGUCUGCGCCGUGUUUGCGCCGAACGCCAACUACCUCAUUGAGCCGAUGACUUAUGGCCGACGCGUCACGCUCGUCUACCACGUCGUGGCCGCAACUGACCCAGUGAAAGCAAACAUCGACGCGGCGACGGCCACGUUGCAGUCGCUGGCCGCGGCGCCGUCGCACGCGCUCAACGUCUUUGCGCUGCGUCCGACGGCACCUACGUCGCCGGGCGUUGAGGGCCUAGCACCCGACGACCGCGCCUUCGCUGAUGCACUCGUCGAGACAGACGUCUACGACGUCGCGCUCAUCAACAAGGCCCAUCCUGGUCGGCCCGCAGAAGGCCGCAAAGUGAGUGCAACGACCGUCGGGGUGGCCCUGCCCCAUGGCAAUAGCCUCUGCCACGUGACGGUCGACGCGAUUCUGUUUACGGACGCCGGCGUCGACGUCCGGUGCAUACCAGGGCGAUGGCUCUACAACCGGCUGCCGGACCCGAUCGUAGCGCUCGUCUCGUCGUAUUUGACGCCGGCCGUGCGCCUGCUCGACGUCACCGACGGCGUGCUCUACCAUCCACUGUACGACCUUGGCGUCGCGCUUGGUAUUCUCGCCGCCCAAAACGUCGCCAUGGACCUCCUCCCGUACGCCGCCCGCGUCAUUUACGCUGUCAUGCUCGACGACUACGACGGCGACGACGUCCGCUACAGUGUCGAGGCGGUCGUGGGUCUCGUCGUUGCCGGCGACUGCGCCAACAUCCUCGAGAGCGUGCUCUCGCGGUGUCUGCACGACCGAGGCAUCGCCGUCGUACCCGCGCUCGUCGCUUUCGCCCGCCAAUGCCCGCGCCUCGUGACGCCCGCCUUUUGCGCAAUGGCGUCGGCAACGAUCUUGGACGCGACGUGCUCCAACCGUCCGGUGCGGCCGGUGAUGGACGAUGUGCUGGCGGCGUAUUUCGACGCCAACGAGCGGUGCGCAGGCCACGAUACGCGCAUGCUCGUGCUCGUCUGCGCCUUGGAGUACUUUCGGACGUACGACCGCGCGACUGUCCUUGUCUUUGUCGACAUGUGGCUCGCAGGCAACGGAGAUCUGAACCUGCACUACGAGUGGACCAUGUACUUGACGUCGACGCUAAGCGUCGACGACGGCGACGUGCUCGUGCGGCUCGGGCUUGCGUACAUUGAGGUGACGCCGUACUGCCCCAAGGUGUACACCGACUACUGCCUCGACGACGUGGCGUUUGCACCGACGUGCUGCGCGUACUGCGUCGAGUUUGGUCGCUUCUUGCUCUCGCCGGUGGACGCAUACCGCCGGUGCUACGCCCAUCAGGUCUGCGACGCCAUCUCGGACGUUGUCGCGGCGCAUCCGCUGCAGCUGCAGGCGACGACGCUCCGUGGGCUCGAGAUUCUCGGUGAGAUCGCCUUGGACACGGAUGGCACGGGCUACGCGCUGGCGGACCCUGCGAUCGUCAUUGAUUUUGUCAAGGUACGGCAACCUGGACAGCUCUCGCUACGAGAACUCUGCUUGCGCCUCGAGCACUUGGACACGACGACGACGUCGACGAUGCGCCGACGCCGUCGCAUGGAAGAGCUCGUGACGCGCACACGGGCGGCGCUGGCCCACCGACGAGAAACGUUCGUAGGGUAG